GAUGGCAGAGAGCUCAGCCGUGACCGCAGCAGUGCCAGAGAGAGCAGCACCCACCAAGCUGGAGGAGCUCCUGGAGAUCACCGCCCAGAGCCUGGUGCGCACCGAGGUGGCUGAGCACUAUGAGGUUGUUCGGGAGCUGGGCAGGGGCAAGUAUGGCCACGUGAUGCUAGUGACCCACAGGCAGAGAGGGACUCCUAUGGCUCUCAAGCUGCUACCCAAAGCCAGUACCAAGCUGCACACCUUCCUGUAUGAGUAUUGUGUAGCACUGUCCCUCGCCACCCACCCUGCCAUCAUCGGCAUGUUCGGAAUUGCCAUUGAGUCCAGCCAGUACUAUGGCUUCCUCUAUGAACCAGCGCUGCACAAAGACCUCAUCUCUAUCAUCAAACCCCGCGAUGGGAUCCCUGAGCUGGCCGCAAAGCAGUGUGCCAAGCAGCUGGUGAGCGCGCUGGAGUUCAUCCACAGCCGCGGGCUGGUGUACCGUGACAUCAAGCCCGAGAACGUGCUGCUUUUUGAUCCCGACUGCCGGCUCGUCAAACUCACUGACUUCGGCCUCACGAGGCCCAAGGGCACCAAGCUCAAGCUGGUGGCCGGGAUAAUCCCCUACACCGCCCCCGAGCUGAGCAACACUGCUGAUGCCCAGGGGGUGCCCAUCGACACCAGCAUGGAUGCCUGGGCCUUUGGGGUGCUGCUUUUCUGCCUGCUCACCGGCUACUUCCUCUGGGAGCAGAGCCUGCCAGAGGACCCUUUCUUUGAGGACUUCAUGCAGUGGCAGGAGACAGGCCUGGAGAAGGACGUGCCCCGGCACUGGAGGCGCCUGACGGCCGAGGCUGCCGGCAUGCUGCGGAGCCUGCUGGCUCUGGAUCCCGCCAAGCGCGGCCCUGUCAGCGCCGUGCUGCACUACGUCGGCUGCCCUUGGCGGCAGGAGGACGGACGCGGUGAGGAGGCUGCCGUGAAGUCCUAGGGCAGUCCUAGGGCCUGCUCCCCACGGCAGGAAGGAGGGAAGGAGCCUGCAAGGGGCUUCAGAGUUUGGGCACCAUGGUGGCUUGGGUGUGAGAGGCCGUGGUGGCCCAGAGAGCAACUUCUCUGCUGCACUGUCCCUGCUGCCACAGAGCCAAGCUCCUUCCCCAGUGGAUGGCCCUCACCCCAGGACUCAGUGUUGCCCAGUGCAGCCUCCUUGUGGCUUGGAAGCAUCUUUCUCUUGGAAAUGACUGUGUGAAGCAUCCCCCUGUUUCCUAGCCACAGGGAGUUAUUUAGGCUGCAGCACCUGCUGUGCCUCAAAACAGAGCAAAAUAUGUACUUUGUGUUUCUGUAUGUGGCUCGUUUUCCCUCACAAUAAAUGCCUGUUGGGACCCACUUGCUGUUGGAAAGCAGGGAGCGUGUCAGAACUUGCAGCUGUCUCAGGACAAGCUGUCCAAGGCAGGGGCCAUCUCUGGAUGCUGCCUGUGCCCACAACAGGACGCCUGGAGGGUGACUUCAGGCUGGCAGGGUGGAGGAGCUGGGGAGAUGCCAGAAUGUAGCCAUGGGUGAUGGCUGGGGAACGUUCAUGGUUAUCUCAUGCCAGCCCAAACACAUCUCUUCUCUUGUAUUGCCUUCAGGUCCUAAGACAAUGUCCUUCAUGCUCCUUUAAAUGCCUGGCUACCCCUCUACAAGACCUUUCUUCUCCUCUUUCCUAUCACUUCUUGAACCCUUCCCUACACACACACCUCUCCUAAUGCCCUGAUAUCAUCCUAGGUGCACAUUUGAAUCCUGGAAAGGAGUAGCAAAGAGGGAAUUAGGGGUUAGUAGCCAUUUUUACUUUUCUACCUCUUUU